AUGCGGCUCGAUAAACUAAAAAUUUUAAUUAUUGGACCCUCGGAUAGUGGUAAAACUACCAUAGCCAAUUUCUUAUCAGAAUCCAUUAACGUUGACGAAGGUGGAAUCUCUCGAGCUACACAAGGAGUUCGCAUUGUCGAAUUUGAGCUUUCUCAUCUUAACGUGAACGAUAAACCAUAUAAAGUCGACAUAGAAAUGUGGGACUGCAGUGGUGACCACAAAUUUGAAUCAUGCUGGCCUGCACUUCGACUCGGCGUCCAAGGAGUGAUACUCGUAUGCUCUUCAAAUAAUGUGAACACAGCAGCAAGGGAAAUGGAACUAUUAUACAAUUACUUCGUGAGCCAGGCGAAGCUUUCGGCAAAGCAAUGUGUUGUAUUUUAUAAUAGCUCAGAUGAUCAAGAAGACAUGGACUCAUUGAAUUUGUCUUCUACAUUUUCAAAAGUAUCACAGGUGGCUGUGAAUACGAAAUCCGGAGGUAAUCGCUUGAGAAUCGAUUUUUCUAACUUCGUUACUUCUAUUUUACAGACAUUAAAUAAA